GAUGUUGACCAAGGCCCAAGCUGCGGCAACUUUCAUUUGGACUUCGAGUGCUAAGCGCGUCGGUUGCUAAGUGGCUCCUUUUCAAAACUAUAAACGCAUCCUUUUUCGCCAUGAGAACUUCUAUUAAAAUCGUUCUGAGGCUAUUGGCGCUCUUAGUUUGUUUCUUAUAUUGCCAGGCUUCGCUGGAAAGGGAAAACAUUGAAGGCAAUCAUAUGGCAAAUCACAAACUAAGUGGCGUUAUCCAGUGGAAGUAUGAGAAGCGACCGUUUUGUAAUGCUUUUACAGGAUGUGGACGCAAACGUACUUAUCCCUCUUAUCCACCUUUUUCGCUAUUUAAACGCAAUGAUAUUGAAGAUAAGCCCUAUAACAAUGAAUACUUGUCUGAAGGUUUAAGUGAUUUGAUUGAUAUCAAUGCCGAACCAGCUGUGGAAAAUGUCCAAAAGCAGAUAAUGUCCCAGGCGAAAAUCUUCGAGGCAAUCAAAGAAGCCAGCAAGGAAAUCUUCAGGCAGAAGAAUAAACAGAAAAUGUUGCAGAAUGAAAAGGAAAUGCAACAAUUGGAGGAUGAGAGGGACAACAAAUAAAUCGGAUAAGUCGGAACAUCGGUUGCCUGGAUAUAAAUUGACUGGAUCGUUACCACACUGGUUUUGUUACUGUACAUAAUAUCUUUAUCUAUGACUCUUGAAUUGCGAAAGAUUAAACACCAUUGGCAUGAAAUCAA